AUGAAGCUAGCCACGCGAUUGCUUAGAGCGAGGACGCCGUCCAGCCUCAGGGUAGCUCGGCAACUUCGACCAAUUCGUCCUGCUUCCACCUCUUCGGCCGCCCGAAAUGGAAGCUCCAAGACCCUUUUGUAUCUCGCAGCUGGCCUGCUAGUUGGCGGUGCUGCUGGUUCUUCCUUUUUAGGACCUCGUUCUGAGGGAGUGUUAUCGCGUGUCACUCCUCGAUGGCGGGAUGUACCUGGAGGCCGUGGCGCACUUCCUCGUAAAUACGCCGACAAGAAAACCAUGCUGAAGGCGGUUGACGAAAUACGAUCAAUACUAGGCGAGGAUGCAGUCAGUGUAGAAGAAUUCGACCUGGAAGAGCACGGCUACUCCGAAUGGUCUACAUCCAACACAGACGUUCGACCAGUGGCUAUUGUCCGACCCCAGUCAACAGAGCAGGUAUCGACCAUCGCUAGAGUAUGUACCAAGUACAAGGUGCCAAUGGUUCCUUAUGGCGCAGGGUCAAGCGUCGAAGGUAACUUUAGCUCCCCAUACUCUGGCAUAUGCAUUGAUCUAUCUACCAUGGAUAAGAUUGUAGCCUUACACCCCGAAGACAUGGACGUGGUGGUUCAACCAGGUGUAAACUGGACCAAUCUUAACAAUGACCUCAAGAACUCUGGAUUGUUCCUCCCCCCAGAUCCCAGCCCGACAGCCCUAGUCGGCGGAAUGGUCUCGACAAACUGCAGCGGCACCAAUGCCACGAGAUAUGGCACCAUGAAGGACUAUGUAGUCAACCUGACGGUGGUUCUCGCCGAUGGAUCCGUCAUCAAGACCCGUAACAGACCCCGAAAGACCUCUGCCGGCUACAAUUUGAACGGCCUCUUUGCCGGCUCCGAAGGGACUUUGGGCAUCAUCACUGAGAUUACGCUGAAACUAGCGACUGUGCCAUCUAGACACAGCGUUGCAACUGUCACGUUCCAGAAUAUCAGACAAGCUGCAACUGCUGCGGCUUCAAUCGUUCGGUCCGGCAUACCUGUGGCCGCCGUUGAGCUCAUGGAUGACGUACAAAUGCAAAUAAUUAACAAAAACGGAGGUGCUGGGGGGAGAAUGUGGAAAGAACUACCAACUUUAUUCAUCAAAUUCUCAGGAACAGAUGCCACAGUAAAGGACAAUAUAAAAUCCGCCCAGGCGGUUGCCAAAUCCUUUGACUGUAAAUCAUUCGAAUUUGCCAGUAGCCCCGAACAAAUGGAGGCUCUGUGGUCUGCAAGGAAACAAGUACUGUGGGCUUCUUUAGCGGUGAAGCCCGAGGGCACCGAAGUUUGGUCUACGGACGUAGCCGUUCCACUGUCGCGAAUGGCUGACUUGAUCGGCAAGUGGCACGUCGGCGAUGGAAAUUUCCAUCAGAUGAUCAUGUAUAACCCGAAUAUUCCCGAACAGAAGAAGGCAGUUACAGAAUGUGUCAACUUGAUGGUGGAGGAUGCUAUCGCAAUGGAAGGAACGGUUUCAGGGGAGCACGGCAUCGGACUCGGAAAGAAGCAUUGCUUGGCAAAGGAGCUUGACGGUGCAACGCUGGGAGUCAUGAAAGCUUUGAAGGACUCUCUUGAUCCCCACUGGCUGCUUAACCCAGGGAAGGUCUUUGAUGAGUAG